AUGGUGGAGCUAUUGAGGAAUCCAGAAAAAUUAGCGAAAGCUCAAGUGGAAAUUAGGCAAGUUUUGGGGAAGAACGAACCAGUGGAGGAGGCAGACAUUUCGAGGCUGCCAUAUCUCCAAGCAGUAGUGAAGGAAGCUUUACGAUUGCAUCCAGCGGCUCCAUUGUUACUACCUUGUAAGGUGAAACAAGAAGUGGAGAUUGCAGGUUUCACAAUCCCUAGAGAUGCUCAGGUUCUGAUUAAUGCAUGGGCGAUCGGAAGAGAUCCAAUGAUCUGGAUGAAUCCUGAAUCCUUCGAACCAGAGAGGUUUAUGGGAUCAGAAAUUGACGUCAGAGGGUGGAGCUUCGAGAUGAUUCCGUUCGGCGGAGGGAGAAGGAUUUGCCCUGGAUUGCCAUUGGCUAUGAGAAUGAUGCAUUUGAUGUUGGGUUCGUUAAUUAGUUUCUUCGAUUGGAAGGUUGAAGAUGGAUUUGAGAUGAACAUGAACGAUAAAUUUGGCAUCGUCAUAGAGAUUGCUCAUCCACUCGGAGCCAUCCCAUCGAUAAUUGUUUAG